UUCCACAACAUUUGAGAAUCGUGGCGACGGAUCAUCAUAGAUUGAUAAUAAUACCAAACGAUGGAAAUACAAGUUGGAGCCUGUUGCUUGUUUCUGAGUGUGGCUUUGGUCGACGGAUGCACGAACUAAAGUAGAGGAUUGGGGCGCACCAGACUCGUGACUUCUGCACUGUGAAGGAGAUAUGCGACCUUAUUCUGGUAUCACACGACUCAGAUGAACGCUUUUGGGGGUUUCUGCGCGACCCUGGUGCUGUCCCGCCGCCCCAUCACGGCCUCCUCACGCCCUCUAUAGUGGUGAAGGAGGUCUGCCCUGGCUGGGUCUGUGGUGUGGUCUGCCCGGCUGGUCAGCGAGGACGGCUACUGCAGCAGGUUUGAGGAGGUUUUCCAUGCUCCAGCCUUAACACAGGGAAUACUGCAAGAAAGGAAUCACAAACAGGACCUGAAACUACAGGCGGAACGCAGAGGCACAGACAGAACCUAGAACCAACAACAAACAGGACCUAAACCUCCAGCCGGAACCUAGAUCCUCAAACAGGACCAACGGAGGUAACACAGAGGUACAGGAGCGUUGUUGAGAACGGGAGCGUUGUCGAGAUCCGACCAAAGGCCUCCAGUCUAGUGUGCAAUCCCCACUUACUCACCAGCUGCUAAAGGGAGCUGCUGCAUAGUGUGGUGAGGUGGUGAGGUCCAGGGAGAGUUCAGCCUGACACAUUAAUACACAACAGUGUCCAGCCCAUCAUCUGUCCUGUCCAGGGUGUGUGUGUGUGUGUGUGUGUGUGUGCAGCACGUGAGCGCUUCCUGGGUGUGUGUGUGCGGUCAGGUGGUGUGUGCGCGUGCGGGCCUGUGUGAGUGGUACGUGAGUGCUAUCCAGAGUGUGUGUGUGUGUGUGUGUGUGUGUGUGUGUGUGUGUGUGUGUGUGUGUGUGUGUGUGUGUGUGUGUGUGUGUGUGUGUGAAAGGAAUACUUGGGCAGCCUGCUGGAGUGUCUGCGGUCAGGAGGUGGACUGGGCGCGCUCAGUAAUGGCCCACCGGUCGAGAUGAGGCUCCCCCAUCACACCAGCGAAAGCCCAGAGCCCUCCGAGGACACGGAUCACGCCCACAAUGACUCAACCCACAGCGAUACAGUAGACCACACCCACAAAGAUGAGAACCACAUAAGCCCCUCCCCCGAGAGGUCCCGGAGGAAACGGGUCCCCAAGAAAUGUGACUGCUGCGGGCCCGGGGGCCAUGCGGGGGGACACGACACGCCUGGAAGGGGCCACUCCGGGAGGGGGAGGGGCAGGGGCACGGGCACAGGUAGGGGCCAAGGCAGGGGACACCCUGGGAGGGGCCGGGGACAUUCUGCAUCUGGCAGGGGCCACAGUGUGGCGGGAAGGAGCCAUUCUGGUUCCGGCAGGGGCCACAGUGUGGCGGGCAGGGGACAUUCUGGUUCCGGCAGGGGCCACAGUUUAUCAGACAGGGGACAUUCUGCGUCUGACAGGGGCAGGGGCCACAGUGUGGCGGGCCGGGGACAUUCUGGUUCCAGCCGGGGCCACAGUUUAUCAGACAGGGGACAUUCUGCGUCUGACAGGGGCAGGGCCAGAGGCCACUCAGGGAGGGGCAGGGGCCACAAUGCGUCCAUCAGGGGCCACUCUGCUCCAGGCAGGGGCCACUCUGCUCCAGGCAGGGGCCACUCUGCGACAGGCAGGGGCAGGGGGCAGCAUGACGUCUCUGCUAGGGAUGAUGGUGUCCCCGCCAGGGGCCACAGUUUGUCCACCCGGGGCCUGCCUGUAGCUCGGCGGUCCAGGGGAAGGGGCAGCUUCGCGGCCGUCAAGGACCACAUCGCCGUGACCAAUCACGUCAGUCCGGGAGGAGGCACAGCCAAGCUGGCGGUGUGCGUCUCCACGGCGACCACACAGAUGAAGCUUACAGAAACGCAGGAGCCUGUAGUCAUGGUAACCACACAAACAGACGCACAGGCGGACUCUACCUCCCUGGAAACUACACAGACAGGUGUGCAGGAGGGGUCGGUUGCCUUGGUAACUAGUCAGGCGGAUGUGCAUGCACAGUCGGUACCCGUUGUGACAACAUGUACAGGUGAGCAAGUGGAAUCCGAAUCCACAACACAAACAAAGGCGCAGACAGAGUCUAUGACAACAACCCAAACACACACGGAGGCGGUAGCCGUGACAACAACACAGCCAGAGAUACGGGUGUUGUCAGUAUUCACGUUGACGUCUCAAAUGGACAUAGCGUGGCCAGAGGGUGACGGACAAGCUGAACCAGCCAAUCGGGACUGUGUGCAGACGGUAACGCCGUCACAUGACCAGGCCCUCAGCCAAUCGCCAGCCUCUAAGCCUCCUGCGCCUGCCCCCCUGCUGAACGGCUCUGUGGGGGGGUGCAGUGACGUGGAGAUGGAGGAGGAUCCAACUAUGAAGGGGGAGGAGUCAAUAUCUAUGAAAGCUGAUGAGUCUGUAUCCAUACUAACGGAUGAGUCGGUAUCCAUAGUAACAGAUGAGUCCGUAUCCAUAGUAAUGGAGGAUUCGGUUUCUAUGGUAACGGAGGAGGAGUCAGCAGUGUCGGAGGAGUACUGGGGGCAGGCUCUGUGGGACCACACCUACUGCAGGAGACCUCAAACACACGCACACACACACCCGCCACACACAGACGACAACCAUGAAGGACUAGUGGACCUCAUUCAUGAAUACCUUGAGGAGUUUUAUGGGAAGUAUGGCAGCUUCAUUCCUCUAUCUGAGGACGACAUUCAUGACUAUCUGACAAGCAAGGCACCCGCUGACCUCAGUGACCGGAAGUUGGUGAAGAGUGAGGUGGCGAAGUAUAAGGCUGGAUUGGCCACACCCACCCAACACUUCUGCGUCAGCCACAACAAACACACACUCACACUUGAGGACCUCUCAACGCUGGACGACCACAGCUGGGUCAACGACCAGGUCAUCAACAUGUACGGUGAGCUGAUUAUGGAGGCGGCCAAUCACAAGGUUCAUUUCUUCAACAGCUUCUUCUACAGGCAGCUGGUGGCUAAAGGCUACGAGGGCGUCAAGCGCUGGACCAAGAAGGUGGAUCUCUUCUCUAAGAGUCUCCUCCUCAUUCCUCUGCAUCUGGAGGUCCACUGGUCUCUGCUGUCUGUGGACGUGGCCAGCAAGAGCAUCCACUUCUACGACUCACAGGGUAUCAUGUUCAAAUACGCUGUGGACAACAUCUUGAAGUACCUUCUGGCUGAAGCCAAAGAGAAGAAGCAGCUCAACUUCCAGAAGGGCUGGAAGAUGAUUAUCCAGAAGAAUAUUCCCCAACAGAAAAAUGACAGCGACUGUGGCGUCUUUGUAUUGGAGUACUGCAAGUGUCUGGCUCAGAAGCGUGACCUGCUCUUCUCGCAGGACGAUAUGCCGCGUGUCCGCAAGCGGAUCUACCAGGAGCUGUGCGAGGGAAAGCUCAGAGACGCUCCCUCUCCCUCGUUAGCCGACUGUGUCUCGUUAAUGGACACGGACUCGUUAAAGGACUGAUCCUCGUCAGAACACAGAACCCCUUUGGCGGGAUGACGUCCGUCAUGCGACUGACCCUCUUACUGAAACUGACCCUCGUUCUUCUCACCAGGCCACCAGACUAACCGUUGCUAGGAGAUGGAUCUUCGUUAAGUGACUCGUUCCUCGUUAAAGGUCCCGUCUUGUCUUCGUUAGUAAAUUGUUGACGGAUUGUGGAUCUCCUGCCUCCUCCUGCUCCAAGGUUAUGGUCUCGGGUUCGAUUGGUCAUCACUGACACAGUUUCGUAAUUACGGUUCAGUCGUGCGAUGGUCGUCAUGGCUUGGGUGUGAGUGUAAGACUGCUGGUGUUACCGUCACAAUUGUGAUGGAUUUUAUGGACUGACCUCUAUCACUCCUCAUAUGAAGACUGCUCAUCAGCAGUGAAGCUGGUUAACCGUGCAAACAAACCAAAAGCAACUAGAGCGACAACAGCGAUGGAAGUAAUUGACUUUGAAUGGAGGAGCUGGCGACUGAAGAGACAAACGCAAUUUGGGCGACAAGAGGCGAUUUGACCGAAAUAUUAUGGUUAUGGCAAAUAUUAUGGUAAUGAGCUAUGAUGCGGUUCGGCAACAGCUGCCACAGCCAACUGGAGUGUCAGAGUGCUUGCAUACUGCUUUUAUCGGUCAUACUCUGUCGCUUUUAUCGCUCGUGUCGCUCUUGCUAUGAAAACAGUCUGGCGACUCUUUGUAGCUUUUGUUGCUUUUGGUGUGUUUGAACGGUAAUCUCGUUAAGACUGAGCAAUGGCUGCCUUUUUCGACUGUGUAUGAAAGUUCUUCCUCUCCUUCUCUGACUCUUCCCUUCAUCUGUUCCAUCUCUCCACCUCUCUGCCACUUCUUCCUCUCUGCCUGUGCUAUUAGCUUUUUUCAUUAGCGCCUGGCUGGUGCUCAUUCUUCGGUUUUCUUCACACUUCCUUUGUUACGCAUCAAGCUAAUCUCUUACACGAUAACUAGCUACUAGAUAACAAGCUAAUCUUCAUGAGCAUGUUAUUUCCCCCUGCUAAUUGUCAUGAACUAUACAUUUAAAUUAAAGUUCAUAUUUCAAGUUUCAUGUACUGCUUAUCUAAGUAUGCUAAUGUUCAUGAUGAACAACAAGUUUGAGCUUAUAAUGCUCAGGCCCCUUCCAUCAUAAGCUCCUCCCUCCUAAUAUGGCCGUUAACACCCCAUGCUUCCUUGUUACUAUGGUUACAUGUUUUAAAUGGACAUGCCAUAGAUGUAGAACAUUAGACUAGAGGUGACCCCGCCCCCUUUAUCACAGCAAUCCUGGCAGCCAUUAUUUGUAGGUAGACCUGAGCAAUGUUUUGAAGUGCUGUCGCAAAUUGCCUUGUAACCUCUAGUCUAAUGUUCUAUUUCUAUGGGACAUGCCUUCUGUUUUCUGUUGACUUCCUGUUCGGUUGUUGCUUUUGGUUACGCGUUUCCAGCGGACACACUUCCUGUUUCUCUGUUGCUAUGGUUACACAGCUGAAACGGACACACCCCCUGUUCUCUUCCCCCUAUCCUGUUGGAUGGUUGGUUGACAUGGUGACUGACUGUGAGGGCUGUUUAUUUUGAAUGUACCGUCACUGGAGUGCUUUUAUAUAUGCCAGAGCUCUGGAGAGCAGAACUGACUCUAGAACUGUCUGGAACUUUUCUCUGGAGAGCGGAACUCUAUAGAACUCUCUGGAACACAGAGGCCUGAGGAGCUGAGUGGAGCGACGGAUAUGACUGAUUUGAGCUGCUGGAGAGGUGACCAGUAAGCGGUGAGCGAUGGCUAGCCCUAGCUAGCUAUGGCUAGCCGUUAGCCAUUAGCUGCUAGCUGCUAUCGGUCGUGUUUCCGUCUGACUGUUUGACCCUCAGCAAUGACCACUGGCCUAACCACAGAUGUUUUUAUCACUGCUUGAGUUACCCUUUAGAGAGAGAGUGAGAGAGAGAGUGUGUGUGCGCGUGUGCACGUUUGCGUGCAAGUUUUACUGUCCUGUGUCCUUUUGCAAGUGUGUGUGUUGUGUUUUUUUUCUCUGCCCAGUUCCUGAUGAAACUCCCUAUUUGGUCCAGUGGAGCUCUGCUUCGGAGUCACUUGAAGUCACACUCACACACACACACACACACACACACACACACACACACACACACACACACACACACACACACACACAGAUACCCCUAUACAGUAAGCCCAUACAUUUACACGCAUACAGUUGCGGGAACCUGACAACCCAGCUGUACAGAGUUGACUUUAAAAAAAGAUAAAAGUGUGUGUGGGUCCUGCCAGACUGAUGAUUAGAACGGGCAUGAGAGAGGAACAGUGUGUGCGUGUUUGUGUGUGUCCGUGUGUCCGUCUCCUUUCAGACUCUGAAGUGUAGACUGUGUGUGUGAGAGUAUGUGUGUACUUUUACAUGUGACAUUAAAGUUCUAAAGGUCUU